AUGAUGUGGCAGCCAAGUUCUACGCUUCUCCUCGCGGUAUCCCUUCUCGCGGCCCUGCCAGCCAAUGCAGAUGGGCUGUACACAAAGAAGUCUCCUGUGCUGCAGGUAGACGCGAAAAACUAUGACAGACUGAUCGCCAAAUCGAACUACACUUCGAUCGUAGAAUUCUACGCUCCGUGGUGUGGCCACUGUCAGAACCUCAAACCCGCCUACGAGAAAGCGGCGAAGAACCUCGACGGUCUGGCCAAGGUCGCCGCCGUCAACUGCGACGAUGACUCAAACAAGCCUCUCUGCGGUCAAAUGGGAGUCCAGGGAUUCCCGACGCUGAAGAUCAUGACUCCGUCCAAGAAACCAGGCAAACCGCGGGUGGAGGACUACCAGGGCGCAAGAAGCGCCAAAGCUAUCGUCGACGCCGUCGUAGACCGCAUUCCAAACCAUGUGAAGAAAGUGACAGACAAGGAGGUGGAUCAAUGGCUGUCUCAGGACGAGGAAUUGCCCAAGGCAAUCUUGUUCACGGAGAAGGGCACCACCAGCGCCCUGAUCCGUGCGCUGGCCAUUGAGUUCCUGGGCUCCAUCAACGUAGCCCAGAUCCGCAGCAAGGAGUCUGCGGCCGUGGAGAAAUUCGGCAUUGAGAAGUUCCCCACCCUAGUUUUGGUGCCUGGCGGGGGCAAAAAGCACAUCGUGUACGAUGGCGAGCUUCAGAAGAAGCCAAUGGUUGAGUUUCUCAGCCAGGUCGCCGCGCCCAAUCCGGAUCCUGCCCCGGCGAAAACCAAGAGCAAGCCUGCGAAAUCAGCCACAGUGUCCUCCUCGGUUGUUCUGGAGGAUGAGGAGAACAAGCCAACGGAAUCUCCAGACCCCAAGGUGGUGUCGGAUGAUGUCCCCAAGCCUGCGCAGGUCCCCAUCCCCGCGCCUCCCAUUGAGAGCCUCGCAACCCCCGAGGCGCUGGAGUCAGCUUGCCUGACGCCCAAGUCGGGCACCUGUGUUCUGGCUCUCCUCCCAGAACCGAGCGAGCCUGACGCGGAGCUUUCUGGCCCCGCCAAGGAGGCGCUCGUGAGUCUGUCCGAGAUCGUGCACAAGCAUGCCCAGCGCCAGAGUAAGCUGUUCCCUUUCUAUAGCGUCCCUGCCAUCAACACGGGUGCGAAGACCCUCCGGUCCGGGCUCGGACUGUCGGACGACGCCAAGGCUGUUGAGAUUAUCGCCCUCAACGGACGUAGAGGUUGGUGGAGAAGAUAUGAGCCUUCGGGCGAUGCGGCAUACGGACUUGCUCCGGUAGAAACCUGGGUUGACGCUAUCCGGCUGGGCGAAGGGGCCAAGAGCAAGCUGCCGGAUGGAGUGGUUGUCGCUGAGAAAGAGGCUGAAAAGGAAGCUUCUGAACACGAUGAACUGUAG